UCUCCAUAGAGUUACUUGAGAUCGGAUAAAAUAUUCUAUGUAAUUAUAGAAUUAGAUUGUGUUGCCCAUUAAAGUUUGCUGGGCUUAUUUCUCUAAAAUUGAAUAAUAACUAUGAGAAACCAAGUAUCUAAAAUAGCACAUCAAAGUCUCAGGUUGCAAAAUGUACUAUUCUCAUCUCUGUAACUGGUACUUUACAGUUGCAAUUCUCAUUUUCACCAUUAAAUUCCAUAUUAAUUUCAACCAACUAACAUGGAAAGUAAUUUAAAUCAUAAUGUACAGAAAGAGACCAAGCAUAUCCUUUUCUCCUUACGCCCAGCUAUCUUCAUCUUGUUUCUGUUCUCUUUUGACUCCUAUCAGGUACUCAACUCAGUUAAAGGACAUCAUUUCUUGAUACAUUUCAUGACCAUCCUGAAUUGCUUCAAGUUGGGACUGCAACUCCAGAAGCUCUGCAUUCACAGGACAAAGGCCACAAAUCAGACGCAAACAGAAUCUCUGUCUCCAUCUCCCAACACUGUGUCACCAGUGCCUUUAAACAAUCCAACCAGUGCCCCAAGGUUUGGAACAGUUAUUCCUAAUCGCAUCUUUGUAGGAGGAAUUGAUUUUAAGACUAAUGAAAAUGACCUAAGGAAGUUUUUUGCCCAGUAUGGCUGUGUGAAAGAGGUGAAGAUAGUAAAUGACAGAGCUGGAGUAUCAAAGGGGUAUGGCUUCAUCACUUUCGAAACCCAAGAAGAUGCACAAAAGAUUUUACAAGAGGCUGAAAAGCUUAAUUAUAAGGAUAAGAAAUUGAAUAUUGGUCCAGCAAUAAGAAAACAACAAAUAGGGAUUCCUCGAUCUAGCGUAAUGCCAGCAGCUGGAACAAUGUACUUAACUACUUCAACUGGAUAUCCUUAUACUUACCACAAUGGAGUGGCUUAUUUUCAUACUCCUGAAGUUGCUUCUGUUCCACAACCAUGGCCUUCACGCUCUGUUUCCAGUUCACCAGUGAUGGUAGCUCAACCGGUUUAUCAGCCUCCUACAUAUCAUUAUCAGGCACCAACACAGUGCCUUCCAAGUCAGUGGCAGUGGAGUGUUCCACAGUCUCCUGCCUCUUCACCUUCAUUCUUUUAUCUGCACCCAUCUGAAGUCAUUUAUCAGCCAAUAGAGAUUGCCCAGGAAGGUGGAUGUAUACCUGCUCCUCUCUCUCUAGUGGAAGCUGCAGUUCCCGAGCCAUAUUCUGAUCAUGGAGUUCAAGCAACAUAUCACCAGCUUUAUGCCCAGAGUGCCAUAGCCAUGCCAGCACCUGUGAUUCAAACUGAGCCAGUUAAAGAACCAAGGUUACAUUCUGUGAGAAGAAAUUUUUCUCAUCCUUCGUCUGUGAGUCUGAAACCUCGAUAUACACGAAGUCCCCAUUUUCAUCCUAGAAAAGAUUAUAGAGUGGAAGAUAAAAUUCUUACACCACCACCUUCUACAGAUUCAGUAAAAUAGAUUUUUAGCUAUCUACCUUGCUAAUGUAUUUGUCACAUGGAGGGUAUGUAGUUCUCCAUCUUCUAACAUUUGCCUGAAUGUGCCUAAAUUGAAACGUUACUGCUUUUUGUAGAGUAAUAAAGUGAAGUCCUGCAGUUUGGAUGGGCAAACACAUGAAAUGCAGGAUAAAAUCAUGGUUUCCUUUCUUAGAAAAUACCUUUACAGGACAAAAUUGUAAUUUGUGAUAUACAGACUCCUGUAUAUACAUUAAUUACUAACAGAGAUUGAAAACCAGCAUAGUUUUAUUAAAGGGAAAACGUAACAUUUCACUUCUGGACUACAUAAAUUAAAAGAUCCAUUAUUUGCAAAGUAAAAGCCACUUUCCUGCAUAUUGACAGCAUUUACUUGUUGUGGAUUCAAAUCUGGUUAUUUAAAUCUGUGUGCAUUUUGUUUCAGUUCCAAUAUAGUUUGUGUACUUUUAAUUUUGCUGCAGUCAGAAUUCUCUACUUUUAUAAAAUGUCUUUCUUAUGUGUCAUUUUAGUGUUUAGGGAUAAUAAUUUUUUAAAAUAAAAUUUGGACCACUUGCUUAAUAAUUAAAUAUCUUCAUAUGAGGCUGACAUUUUUCUUAAAUAUGGUAAACUAUACAUCCGUGUUUAUGGUGUGUUUUUAGCUGUAGAGAAAGGCAAGAAUUGACUUCUUACUAUUUUAAGACCAAGGGAAACUUCACCUUGCUUUGAAUUUCUGUUGUCUGUGCACAAUUGAAAAACUCCUUGACAGUAUCAUGUGUUGAGAUGGAAUACUACUUUCUCCUCAACUGCAGGAACAUAAUUUUCCACUUCUUUCCUUGCUCCCUUCCCCUCCCCCUGAAUUCCUCCGAUAUUUUGUAAAACUGAUUCCUAAAAGGUUAAAACUCAGCCUCUGUAGUUAAUGGGAGUACCAGCUGUGGCUUAUUGCUUAUGUAGUCCUGAGGUCUUUAUUUUAUGUAUGUAAAAUACCCUUGAGCUUUUAAUUUUGCAUCUGCUCUGUAGAAAUUUCCUAACUGCAUUUUGAGAUUUUUUUUUUUUUUUUUUUUUUAUCACAUGGGGAUCUUGCAGAGUGGGCACUGUAGUCAGUAAAUAAUCCACGAGUGAUAUGUAAAUAUCUUAUUUAAAGAUCAUUCUAGCAGUCAAUGGCAUUCUUUCAUAUUGUGCUGGAAAAGAGGUGGAGUCUGCUUCUGUUCCUGCACUGGUUUGGCAUUGCUGUGAGAGGAGACUCCCUCAAGUAUGUCAUUUUAUUUGUGGUCUUGAUUGCAAGUUUGCUCAGAUGGAUUUGCCCCUUUUGCUAGGCAGAAAAAGAAGUCUACACAAAUAUGACUUAAACCUUUUGUUUUUAAAAAAGAUGUUACCCUAACAGUUGUGGGGAUUGUUUUAACAAUAAAUAUCAAAAAGAGAUGCAAUUUGUUAGAUUCGUGGGGAUCUCAACCUACUUUUGAUGGGAGAAGAAGCCAGGUUGUCAUGUCUCUGGGCCAGUCUGUACAACCCAUGCAGUUGUUCUUCUGUUUGAUUUAGAUUUUAGAUUUCAUGAAUAUAAAUAUUUUAAAGAAAUCUUGGCACAUCCUAACAAUAAUUCAUCUUCAUGGGAGCAUUUUUAGGUAGUAAAUAUUUCUGUAAAUGAUAAGCUAUCUCCAAAGCUACCCGGGAAAGGUUUUAUGUUCUGUUAGAGCCUUAUUUCUCAUAUCAUGAAAUAUCUGUUUGACCCAGGAUUCAUAAGAUUAGCCUUAAGUCCUUAUUUUCGGGAUUUGGAGUUUUGGUUUACCAAACAUGACUUCCCAGUUUUUAAAACACUUUAAAGGUCUAAGAAGUUAAUUUUAUACCAAGUGCUAUAUCAAAAAAUGUACUUACAAGGAAGUCUUUGGAACUAAUUGCUUGGAAGUGUACAAAUAUGAUGCAGUCACUUGCAUGUCCGUCAGAUUAAGUGGCAUUUAAUCUAAAUACUCACAAAUGGUAGUUUAUUUCCCUUUAUCAGGACAGGUGUCAGAUUGUUGAUACUGACUUGAUCCUGCAGCCUUUGCUUCAAAGGGGAUUUAUUUUGUUUUUACUUACAUAAAAAUUUGAUCAUUUGGAAGGUUAUGCAAUUUUGGGCACAAAAGGAUAUCUGUAAUGUUCUGUGGGGACUGUUAAGUUCAGCCUUGUUGGGAUUCUGUCAUCAGGGCUUUACUCAUAGUGCUUUGUUUUGAUCUGAGAGACCUGGAAAAGACCAAGGUGGAGCACUGAUUGUUGGUUUUCCUCCAAGAACUACAGAUCACUGGUCGAGUAUUGAGGGCUCCCCACUGAUAUAUAUGUAUGUCGUACGCUUAUCUUUCUUUAAAAUGUUUGCCAAGAAUGAUGGCAUUGUAUGAAUUAGCAGUAACCUAACCUUUAAGCUUUCAGUAGUUGGAUCUUUCAUAAGAAACAAUAGAGGCACAAUAAAUGACUUUCGUAGUUAUAUUCGUAGUGUAUUCCUGUAACAUAUAAUAGGAAAGAACUACAUCAUUUCCUCUCGAGUAGUGCCUAAAAUUGCAUCUUGACAUUCUAACA